GGUACGACUUUAGUUGCAACCUGUGCUUUUGGCCCCAUCAGUGCAUUCCGCAUUCCGGACUGCUCCGGCUGCCGUGCCUCGUACCCCUACAGUGCUCCGUAUUUCGCACAGGGCUGUGUCGUCAGACCACUCAAGCAGCGCACAAAGCUUCAACGAAGGCGUCAGCGAGGCGCGCGAACCUGGCCGACCAGUGCGGCUGUCUAUGACCGCUCUCACCGGCAGCAGGGCAAUUUUGCGGCGACCUGGUCAAUGCAGUGUAUUGAUGGAUCAAUCCAAUCUUCGGCGGACAAGGUCGAUGGCCCUUUGUGGGCCUCAGAGCAGCGGCCCAUGUGCAUACACAUGCUGUACAUGCCCGGUGGAUCGGAUCGGGCUGGUCCCACUGCGAACGGUGGCAGCAGGCGAGGUACCUACAAGUACUCUGUGAUUCCAGUCAACGCCAACCGCUUUGCCAAGUCUCGGAUCUAA